AUGAAAUCUACUGACACCCAAGUCGAGGUUGAUGUUUCAGAAAGCAGCACCCAGACUGAAGAGGUAUUCCUUCCUGAAAUUGAAGAUAACAAGGAAGAAGCAACUGAAGCUGCUGCUUCCCCAGAAGUCUCUCCAAGAAAAGAUGGCAUCUACCUUCCCACAAAACAGGAAGAUUCAGAUGAUUCGAACUUGUCAGGAUCAGACAACGAACACCAAGGGGAAACAAAAUGCGAAAAGCCACAGGAUGAUACCAAAUACAUUGUAUUUAAACAAGAGCUAUUUAAAUUGUUUAAGUACUGUCCUGAGUGUGGUGCAGUUGUGAUUAAGAGGAACCAAUCCACACAAGGAAGCCAACUAUUUGUCACCCUAGAAUGUAUGAAUAAUCAUAAGUACUCCUGGCAAAGCCAGCCAGUGCUUGAGGGGAUGGCAGCUGGAAAUUUGUUGCUGUCAUCAUCUAUUUUGCUCAGUGGCUCUACCUUUACAAAAGUAGCAUCUUUGGCAGAUAUCUUAAAUUUGAAAAUUUUCAGUGAGAAAACAUUUUAUAAUAUUCAAAACAAGUACUUAUUACCCGUAAUCAAUGAAUUCUGGCUUAAAGAACAAAAUUCCACUUUUUCUGAGCUAGGGGGGCGAGAUCUGUGGCUUUCAGGGGAUGGGCGUUGUGACAGUCCUGGCCAUAAUGCAAAAUAUGGGACAUGAUUGAUAUGAUACCAUGAUUGAUCAGAAAACUGAUAAGAUUGUUGACUUCAAGGUUGUUCAGGUCAGUGAAGUAAAUAAUAGCAAUGCCAUGGAAAGAGAGGGUUUUAAACGCUGUAUGGAAAACAUCUAUGAAAAAGGGGGGAAAAUUAUGGUUGUUGCAACUGACCGUCAUGUGGGCAUUAGGGCUGACAUGAAAAGAAAUUUCCCUGAAGUUGAUCAUCAAUUUGAUGUGUGGCACCUUUCCAAGAGUAUAACUAAAAAGUGAACUGAAAAAGCAAAGAAGAAAGAAUGUGCUGAUCUCUCUCUCUGGAUCAGAUCCAUCUCAAACCACCUUUGGUGGUGUGCCAAAACAUGUGGGGGAGACAAGGAGAUGUUGAGAGAGAAGUGGAUAUCCAUUGUCUAUCACACUGCCAAUAUCUACUCCUGGGACUCAGCUGACCUGUAUGAGGAAUGUGCCCACCAACCAAUCCCUCCAGCUAUCGCAAGAACUAAAAGGUGGCUUGGGCCUGGCUCCUCUGCUCAUAAUGCAUUGAAGGAGGUUGUAUUCGAUAAAACUCUGUUGAAGGACAUUCAGCAACUAACACUAAGUUGUCAUACUGGCAAUUUAGAGGUGUACCAUAGUGUGCAGACCAAAUAUGCACCCAAACGGCAGCACUUCUCUUAUAAUGGCAUGGUUUCUCGAACUCAGUUGGCAGCCCUAGACCAUAAUGCCAACACUGGUAGACAACAAGCCACUGUAUCCAGGGGUGCCAACCAAGGGGAGCUGCAAUACAAGGUAGUGUUUCCGAAAAAUACAAAAGAAUGGGUGGCAAAGCCCAUAUUUGAGAAGACAACCAAUUGUCAUCUCAAGCCAAUGCUUAAUGCCAUUGUAGAGAGAAAAUGCUUAAAACCACAAGAGAGGAGUGCAACAGUCACAGCACCACACAUUCCUGAAAACAUUGCCAGCAAACCCCGGCCUCCUAAAGCAGAUGUCAUUGCUAAUCAUACUUCGAGAUUUUCGAAUAAUUAA